CAGGGCAAGGCGCAACAGAUCGGCAGGCAGAGGGCUCCCCGCGGGAGGUGCGCCGGACGCGGCGCCGCACUUCAACUCCCAGGAUUCCCGGUUCUUUGAAGCUUUCCUGCUCUGGAGGAUUUGAGGAAAUGAAGCCCCAGGUAACAGCAUACCAGAAGCUCAAGACACCAGAGAGCCCUCAAGAGCUGCUACCCCUGGCUGAGCAUCCCGGCCAGACUCCACACCAGUUCCAUGACUCUGAACUAAGAAGGUCCUGCCACAGCAUCACGGGUUUAUGUCCUGGAAAGCUAUCCAGCCCAUCUACGUCCAUCCUGCCCUGGGAUUUCCAAUGCAUCCUGGUGACAGCCAUCUUGUCCACAGUGCUGGUGGUGGCCCUGGUGGUCCACUCCUUCCUCCUUCCCUUGCACAGUUUGGCCAUGGUAGAGAAUGUGGCAUCGGUCCCACAUGUGGAUAACGCGUGCAGUGACCCAUGCAGGAGUGUGCUAGUAGAGAGCAUCCCUGAGGGACUGACAUAUGAUGACAACAGCACAGUCGGCCCUUCCACUUUUGAAACUUGGCAGAGGCUUCUGAAGAACGCAAGAAGCUCGGUGGACAUUGCUUCUUUCUACUGGACUCUAAGCAACGAGGACACCCAUACCCAUGAACCUUCAGCCAGCCAGGGGGAAGAGAUACUAACAGAGCUGCUGCGUGCUCCCAGCCGCGGGAUCGUGGUACGGAUAGCAGUCAACCCCCCUUCCCCCCGACUGCCCAGUGCCGACCUUCAAGUCCUUGAGAAGAGUGGGGCCCAGAUCCGCCAAGUUGACUUGCCAAGGCUGACCCGGGGUGUCCUGCACACAAAGUUCUGGAUUGUGGACCAGCUGCACAUUUACCUUGGGAGUGCAAAUAUGGACUGGCGUGCCCUUACACAGGUGAAGGAGCUUGGCGUGGCUGUGUACAACUGCAGCUGUCUGGCCCAGGACUUGGAGAAGAUGUUUGAGGUGUACUGGGCACUAGGGCUGCCGAACACCACCAUCCCAUCACCCUGGCCAGCCAACUACUCUACCACCUACAACAAGGACACACCCCUGGAGCUGCAGCUGAAUGGGACGGAGGCUGGCGUGUACUUUUCGAGUGCUCCCCCAGCCCUGUGUGCCACCGGCCGGACGGAAGACCUCCAGUCCCUGCUGAGCGUCAUUGAAGGGGCCCAGGAGUUUGUCUACAUUGCUGUGAUGAGCUACUUGCCCACCAUGGAGUUCUCCCACCCCAGGAGGUUCUGGCCAGCCAUUGAUGACCGCUUCCGGAAAGUGGCCUAUGAGAAGAGAGUCCGUGUCCGCCUCCUGGUUGGCUGCUGGAGACAUUCCAAGCCAAGCAUGUUCCCCUUCCUGCGCUCCUUGGCUGCCCUGCAGGACAACCGCACCCACUACAGCUUGGAAGUGAGGCUGUUUGUGGUCCCUGCAAAUGAAACACAAGCCAGGAUCCCCUAUGCCAGAGUGAACCACAGCAAGUUCAUGGUGACAGACAAGGUGGCUUACGUUGGAACGUCCAACUGGUCCGGGGACUACUUCCUCCACACGGCAGGCUCUGCCCUGGUGGUGGAGCAGAGUCAAGCGCAGGCCGGAGACCGGCCCACCGUCCGGGGGCAGCUGCAGGGCAUCUUUGAGCGGGACUGGAAUUCGAGAUACAGCCGGGACCUGAACUCCGUGGGCCACUGGGAGGAUUUCUGCAGCGCCCGCUAGGGUCCCCCACGCGUCCCGGGGCGUUGGGGUUGCAGGCGCCAGGGCGGCCCAGGAGGAGAGGGGUGUCCGGGGCACCGGGCAGCCCCUGCGCUGUCCGGGAAGAGCCGCGCCGUGGCCUUUGGAGAGGAACAGGAAGGCGCGCUGGCCUGGGACGCCUUGGCUGGGGCGUGGGGAGGACAGCCGCCCGCCCGCAAGGGGUAGAAACGGGUCGGGGGGAGGGGACGGCCGUUUCCGCGGGUUCAGCUGCUGGGGGGAGCCUGGCGAGACCGCCCGCCUGCUGGAUUCCCCCCUCCUAUUCUGUAUUCGGGCCCGGCUUUGGGACGAUUAAAGGCUCGCUUUUCA